AUGCAGCUCAAUGGCAUCUCUUACUACGUACCGCCUCAUGCAGUCGGAAAAGUCCCGAGGGACGUGUUUGAGGUUAAUGAAAGCAUUGGGCUGCUUCCAAUUACUGUUCUCAACACGCACGAACAGUCAUUGAGUCUUGAUGAUGUCAAUAACAUCACGGCAACGUUUUCCAAGACGGAUGAUGUUUAUCAACUUGGUUUCUCCCAAGGCUUCUUCGUGCAGGGAAGGAGUGCUAACAAUGAGAGAGCUGAUGUUACGGUGCUGGGUAACUCUACCGCUUUUUGGGUUUCCAAAGCUCAAAAUAGCAAUCCUCUCCCUGAUGGCCCAUACUUCGUCUCUACUACUGGGCGUAUCUACCAAGCCUAUAGGCUGUACACCGAUGUUCAAGGCGCAUUCAGUGAAUCCUCAAUCCAGAAUCAAGAUGGCUCGUACUCCGUUCUUCCAGCCAACCUACCUGGUCAAUCUCUUGCAGUUGCCGUUCCUUCAAGACUCUACUUUACAAGAACUACCAAAAAGCCACUGGCUGGUGUUAGACUCGGGGUUAAAGACAUUUUCGAUAUCCAGGGGCUCAAAACCUCAAAUGGAAACAGGGCUUGGUAUCAUCUUUAUCCUGCAGCUAACCGAACAGCACCUGCUGUCCAAAACUUGCUGGAUGCCGGUGCUGUCAUUGUGGGAAAGAUGAAGACGAGUCAGUUCGCGAAUGGAGAAUCGGCUACUGCUGAUUGGGUGGAUUAUCACGCACCGUUCAACCCUCGAGGAGACGGGUAUCAAGAUCCAUCAUCCUCUUCCGCUGGUCCGGCUGCUGGUGAAGCUGCGUAUCCAUGGCUGGACAUUGCUCUUGGUUCUGAUACUGGAGGCAGCAUACGGUCACCGAGUCAAGUUCAGGGGAUCUACGGGAAUAGACCAAGUCACGGACUGGUUUCUCUGGAUAAUGCGAUGCCCCUGUCACCUCAGUUUGACACGGCCGGCUUGUUUGCGCGUGACCCGACUCUAUGGAAAACCGCGGCCCAGGCACUGUAUCGCACAAAAAUCAGCUUCAGUGAUUCAUAUCCUUCAAAUAUCCUGACGAUUGGCUUUCCGACACAGGCCGAAUCUGAGCUAGAUAUUACCCUCACCCGAUUUCUGGCGAACCUAACCAACUUUCUCUUGGCAAAUGCCACCCCCUUUGACCUUGACGAUCACUGGAAUAGCACGAACCCUGACGCCCCUUCUGUGUCGGCCUUGCUUAACAACACAUAUGAGAUUGUAUCAGCCAAGGAGCAGGCACGACUUGUGCGAGACCCCUUCUUUAGAGACUAUGGAGCUGCUCAUGAUGGAAGACGGCCUCACGUCAACCCUGCGCCCCUGAACCGUUGGGCGUUUGGUGACAACUCGACGUCGACUGUUGAGCAGGGCAUCGCAAACAAGACUCAGUUCAUGGAAUGGUUCAACACCAGGGUAUUAUCCCAUGACACCGAGUCUUGUUCUGACAACCUGCUCGUAUAUGUUCCGAGAACGCCAGAGCCAGUUUACAGAGACACGUAUCGGUCAGGCCCACAAGUCCCAAAGGCCUUCUCGACGAGUCGAAUAUCGGUCAUGAGCGAGACGCCUGACAUGGUUGUGCCGAUUGGACAGGUGGCUUAUCGUUCUUCGGUUACUUCUCACACGGAAUACUUGCCUGUUAGCGUUGACCUGAUGGCUGCUAAAGGGUGCGACGGCAUGUUGUUCUCGUUAAUUCAAGACUUGUACGAGGCGAGGAUCUUGGGGAUUAGUCAAACGGGGAGAAGUCAUGUUACUGGCGAGGAGGCUUUAGUCUAG